UCCUUAUUUACUCCUCGACAUUUGUGCCGCAUAUCACACGCACUAUGGGCGGCAUUUUUAUGUGCAAUUAUUACGUUUACGUUGUCACGUACUUAGGGUAGUUUGUGAUUCGUAUUGUGUGUGGCACGACGUUUUGUAAACAGAAUGAUCUGGCCUCUAUACUUGGCAGCAGCAGCCUUGGUCGCCUCCUGGCUGCUAUGGCGCUUCAAAAACAGGAGGAUGAUCAAAAUGGCGGAGAAGAUACCUGGACCUCCAACCAUACCCUUGCUGGGAAAUGCGUUGAUGUUUAUGGGUCAGCCAGAAAAAUUCACUGAAGUUGUGAGAAAGCUGAUGGCAGAUUAUGGUGGGGUCAUGAGAUUCUGGCUCGGACCUGAUCUGAACAUCCUUGUCAGCAAUCCCGAUGAGCUGAAACUACUGCUCUCUAACACGAAGACGAGUGUGAAAGGUCCUCAAUACAAGUACAUGGCGGAAGUACUCGGAGGUGGAAUAUUGAGUGGUUCAGGUCCAAUAUGGCGCAAACACAGGAAGAUAGCAACUCCUAACUAUGGCAAACGAGCUAUAGAGAGUUACGGCGAAGCCUUUAACAUCGAGGUGGACUCUCUUCUUCAUAAGUUCAGGACUGAGAAGAGGGGAGAGUUUAAUGUGUACAAAGAUGUCGUGAGGACAACCAGUUAUGCUGUUUGUCAAACAUUGAUGGGCUUAACAAAAGAGCAGACCUUGAAAUUACCUCACAUUGAAGAAGUUAUUGAUUCAUCACCAGGCCUCUACGACGUAAUAUUCCGAAGAAUGACAAAGUGGUACCUCCAAAUAGACCCAGUCUUCUGGGUGACAAGUGACCAUCAUCUUCAGAAGCAUUUCGUGAACAUCAUGACAGAGUUCAGUGAACGCAUCCUAUUGCACAGGGCUGAUAGAUUGAAGACCUUGGAAGAUAGUCAAAGGAACCUGAUGAAUUCUGAAGACGAUGCAGGGAUUAAUACGCAGCUUAGUGUGAUUGACAGGUUUCUGCUGUCCCAGGAGUUGAAUAAAGAGGAAUUGGUUCAGGAGACUUUUACUAUAUUUACUUCGAGUCAAGAAGCAACAGCAAAGAUUUCUUCCUUCCUCAUACUUAUGAUGGCUUAUCACCCAAAAUGUCAGGAAAAACUCUACGAUGAAAUAAAACGAGUAAUAGGCGACGAAGAUAGAUACGUGACUGACGAUGACUUUAAGCAGAUGCCAUAUCUAGAGAUGGUGUUCAAAGAAGUACUGCGGCUCUUCCCUAUAGGAGCCAUACUGCAGAGGACUGUCAACGAAGAUAUUACUGCUGGUGAAUAUACUCUACCAGCAGGCUGUUCAUUAGUGGCUCCUAUCUACCAUUUGCAUCGUGACCCUCGCUUUUGGACCGACCCUGAACACUUCGACCCAGAGCGGUUCAAUCCAGAAAAUGUCAAGACAAGGAACCCCAAUGCUUACAUUCCGUUCAGUUUGGGACCUAUGGAUUGUUUGGGAAGAUACUUUGGCACUAAAUUAGUGAAAACAGUCUGUGUGAGAGUGCUGAGAGAAUUUGAAGCUUCAUCUUCGGAGACCUACGACGAUAUGCGAGUGUUUAUUUCCAUUUCUGUCGCUUCAUUGAACGGGUUUCCAGUUCAGUUGAAACCUAGGAAAAUAAGCUAGAUAAUGAGAGAAUAAUGUUAAUAUUAAUGAAUGUUUGUAAGGGUUGAAUAGUUAAA